AUGGUCUCGCUGACGAGCGUCGACCGGUCGCGCCUGCAGUCGAGCGCCAAGCGGUUGUACCUGCACAGUAUCGGAAUCGGGGUGGACCGCCUCACCAGCCGGUACAAGAUCGUGCGAGUGAGCUGCUUUGCCCACGGACUUAGGGCUGUGGCACAUUGGGCAGAGGUCCUUGAUCAGGGCUCGCGGUCAUGGAGGGACAUAGGAAGCGCCCCUUCCAGCCUCAUCCUCAGAGACCCCGUGUCCGCCGCCGGAUCGAUCCACUGGAAAGCCGAGGGCAGAGGCGGAGUCAUCAGGAUCUCUUCCUUCGACGUAACGAAGGAGGAGUUCGAGUGGACUCCGUGCCCGGAGCUUCAAAAAAACGCGCACCUGGUGGACCUCCAGGGAGUUCUGGGGCUCGUCGACUGCUCACGCCAGGAGAGUAUAGACGUGUGGGUGAUGGAGGAGAGCAAACGGUGGAUGAAGCAGUAUAGUGUCCGUCUGCCGUUGCCGAUCGCGCUCAACCGCUGGAAGAGCUUAGGUGAUAGUCUUGAUCUUGUUGGCCGAGUGAUGGCGCUCAGACGCUCGGAGAGCUCCUGGACUUUUUAUGAUCCUGGGAGUGACAAGAUGAAGAAUGUGCGGGAAGCCGACAGCAACAGGUCGCUGGUUAGAGCUGUAGCUAGCAUCACCUUGAGUUUGCUUUUGCCGGCCAAGUUGUGGAACAGCGGCGUUGGGGAAAUAAGGAUGUACUAA